AUGUUUACCGGAGACGACACGCUUGCGGAAUCUUUGGCUAAUGAUUCUAUAGGUUUAGAGGAAGGUAAUGAGAACAAGAAUUCGGACGACUGCGGCCACUCUAAUGGCCUAGAGGAGGCAAUCGACGUUUGCGAGGGUCCAAGCUCACAUAAAGAGGUCCUUUCGAAUACCUUAUACUGGGAAUACAACAAUGAAUCUCUAUUUGACGUUCGUUUGGACGAGCUCCUGCCAAAUGUGCUCUAUCUCGCUUCCUGCAUCUCGACAGGGUCAGAGAACGGCCAGGAAUACUACAAGGCGCACUCCGCCUUUGUUAGCUUAGGCUUUGAGAACUUGGAAUACGAUGGCAGUGCGUUUUUAAGGGCUUCUCCUGGUUCUACGCCCCCAAACAGCUCUGAGACUUACAUCUCGUACAUCACCAGUAACAUCUUUUCCAGGUUUUCCGUGGAUAUUCAGAUGGAUGAAGCAGCACUUUAUGAUGUUUCGUGGGAGCCAGAGGCUCUGGAUCUCUGCCGCCAGCUGAAGGAGUUUCUUGAUUCGUUUAAUACAAAGGUGACGGAGUACGAUUCUCACGUGUUUGCUGUUAAUGAACAUGUGCCAACAAGGACGAAUUAUGUUCCGGAAUUUGAAACUGAAAAGGGACAUUUGCGUAUUCUGGAUGCUACGUGUGGAAUUGGUGGGAAUUUGGUGCAUUUCGCAGGGUGGUUUGACUUUGCAGUUGGAGUGGAAAUUAAUCCAUCCAGGGCCAGAAUGUGCAUGAACAACCUCUCUGUUUAUGGCGUUGACAAAAAAUCACUUGUUGUAAAUGAUGACUUUUUGGAAUGGGCACAAAGAGUUGUUACUGAUCCCCUCAAAGAGUUCAAGGACUUGGGUAUAGAGCACUUGUAUUAUCCUGACAAACCUCUCUUUGACUGGACGUUUAUAUCGCCUCCUUGGGGUGGAAGGGAUUACAAGGGAACGAGGGAUUCUGAUGUGUAUUACUUGCAACAAGGUUCUGAAAUGGAUGUUUUCAAGGCUCUGGAACUCGCUUCCCAAUUGUCCACCAACGUUACCCUCUAUUUACCACGAUCACAAAGUAUAGCAGAACUGGUUAAAUUGGCUUCUUAUAACGGGUUUACCUUUAUAUUCAUGACUGGAUAUUUGACAUCCAGAAAAUCUACGCAUGUUCGGUGUGGACUUGUUCAUUUCGUCAAGAACAUCGAGUGCUUCUCGACUGGGACAAAGUUAUCCGGAAUUACCAGUGGAGGACCAAAAUUAAAGACAGGAGUGUCUAUACAGCAGAUUAUCCUGGGAGACAAACUGGACUAUCGCAUUAAAAAUUGUACUAUAGCUAAAUAUGGAAUAUUCCAGCUUAUUCCAGUUAGGGAUAGAGCUUGGAAGAUACAAUCAUCUUGCCGUUUAAAUUUGAUAUCAUGUGCCUUGAUGCAGAUUCUCAAGGAAACAAGGACUCAUUUCAGUACAAAGUUGGCAAUUUUGAUGAAAAUGUGUCCACUACCUGAGAUUUUGAGACUCGUUGAUGCUGCGUUAGAGGUUCAAUUUUCAGGUGGAAUGUUUAAGGACCCGUCAAUAGAUGGACAGCAGAAUCGCACGACGGGUGGCGUAUUUUUCAACUUGCUCAAGACUGGUGAUAGAGACUUGUAUAGGCGCGUAGAGCGUGAAUAUAACAUGUAUGUUAAAUGUUUGUAA